AUGCCAAGUUGAUUUCUACUUCUCGCCUCUUCUCGCCAUCUUGCUCUAUUAACUAUGUUCUCGCGGAGCAGAUAUUUCCAUCUUUCGUUAUGCAAGUGGAGCGAGUUUUUUCAUUUCAAGACGAAUUAAAAAGCGAUAAAAUAGAAGUUCGGAUACCUGAGAUCGUGAACCCUCAAUAUGGAAUGUUUACAUGGCCAGCAGCUCCUGUUCUCGCACAAUUUAUUUGGUACAACAGAGAUCAAAUAAAAGGAAAGCAAGUUGUGGAGAUUGGUGCAGGAACAGCCCUGCCUGGUUUGGUUGCCUCACUGUGUGGUGCAACUGUUAUUCUUACAGACAAGGAAGAGUAUCCUCAAUGCUUAGACAACUGCAGAAAAAGUUGCCUUGCGAAUGGUCAGGAUGCCAUACAAGUUGUUAGCAUUACUUGGGGACAGUUUACACCAAACCUCUUAAACCUUCCCAAGGCUGACAUAAUUCUUGGUUCUGACUGUUUCUACGACACAAAAGAUUUUGAUGACAUUUUGGCAACUGUCUCUUUUCUGAUGGAGAAAAAUUUUCAGGCCAAGUUUUGGUCAACAUACCAAGAAAGAAGUUCCAGCCAUUCCAUUGAAGAUUUGUUGAAAAAGUGGGAACUAAAAGCUAUCCAAAUACCACUGGAGGAUUUUAAUGCAAAUCAUGGGAACAUUGGUGGAUCCAAUCUGUCUGAUUUGCACACUAUUCAAAUGUUGGAGAUAACACAUCAAUAAGCCCUGGCUUAGUCUGUUUUUAAAACUGUUGUCUCUCAAAUCAUCCUCCAGAGGGCAAGAAAGAAUAGGAGCCACAGGAUUUAACAGUUGCAAACUUGCAAAUGGGUUCUAUUGUUCCCAUUUGUCAUAACACAUUUCUUGGUUUACAGACAUGAACCAUAUGUAUAUAAGAACGAUCCUUCGCAGUAAAGCACUAUUUGAGCAAUAGUGGAAAUCAAACCAGACCUGUUUCAUAUGU